UGUGAAUGCGUCAACUACAUUUCCCAGGAUUCCCUACGGCCAUGGGGGCUAUCGAUUGAGUUUCGUCACAGCGUAUCGUAUGUUGCAGUCCACUUUGACAUUGUGAUUGUUGAGCGUCUUCACACUUUAUCUACUGGCUCUCCUGCAACCAGCUUAAUUAAUGGCGUGCCCUUUCAGUCAUAAUGCAUCAGUGGAGUUGAACCCAGCCAUCCUCUCCCUGGAAUGGCUCCUGGGUGCCUGGGAGAGUGACCGACCUGGAGAGGGCACCUUCCCCUCCAUAAAACCGUUCCACUACACAGAGAAGUUGCAUUUCAGCCACGUGGGGCAACCAGUCAUCAACUUCAUGUUCAAUGCCUUUCAUGCAGAGUCUAAUAAGCCCAUGCACAGAGAAUGUGGUUUCAUUCGAAUGCAGCAGGGAACCAACAGAGUGGCAUUCAUCAUUGCACAGAACUCAGGUUUGGUGGAGAUUGAGGAGGGCGAGCUUACAGGGCAGCAGCUGAACUUGCAGACACACAAGCUGGACCGAAUCUCUUUUGCUAAGGAGCCUCAUGUAAAGCAGAUUUGUCGAGUGUUCAAGCUUCUACCAGACGGCCGGCUGGAGCAGACAGUUUCCAUGGCAACAGACAACCAGCCAUUAACUCAGCAUUUGCACAUCACCUACCAUCGGUCAUCUUGACCCACGGAGCAGGCAGGCUUCCAACCCAAGCCCUAACUACAGCCCUAACAUUGAUCACACGUGCAUCAGAGAGUCAUAAACACCUCGCAGCUGCACAGUAGCAUACCUCAAUCAUACAUGGUGAAGAACCUGGUGUCAUAGUCCUCUUCUAUCAGGCUUGUAUAAAUGGAUUAAUUUAUGCAAUUAAGGGGUAAACAAAACUUUAAUGUAGCAUAUUAAACAAGCUGUUAUACUUCAGGAAGUUUGAGUGAUGUUUGUUUUUUAUUCAGAUAUAUAAUCUGAGUUAGUAUGUUGACGUGUAUAAUUUAUGACUCGAUUGUGCUAUCAUAAGUUAAAGCAAUCGCUGUCAUGGAGUCUGUAUGCCAUGUGUUAAGUGAAGAUGCAACAAGUUUGUUUUUCACAGGACAUCGCUGUGUUUACACGGGUCAAUGGUUCAAAACUAAAUAUCUCCAUUUAAGACCUUUGUUUCCUACGUUUAUUUCAAGAUAUUAAAGGUUCUAACUUUUUGAGAUCAUUGAUGUACAUGUUGAUGUUAGAUGUAUUGCACUAAACGAAUGUAUUGACAAUUAUAUUAAAGUCUAAAAAUACAUACGAGUCAAAUUAAA